GCGGCGGUAGAGCAACAUGGACGUACGUCGGACAGAACAUUCUUCGCUGACAAAUAGCUUCCUGUCUUUGACUCCAGAGAGGGAAAGUUCGAAACAACAAAGAAACAUGAGCGGUUGUAUUUUGAAUGAUUUGUAAAGGAUUGUGUGACAACGAUGUCUCACGUAUCUGCUCCAUGUUUGCUGGACAGAUGGACUGAAGAAAAUAACGCUGUCGUAGACAAGUGGAAGCAACAUCGUGACAGAGGAGACGCAGUAACUCGGGAACAGGGUCUGACACUACUGAAAUGGUGCUACGUGGAGAGUCACAAACUACUACAGAAAAUACAAGGUGUACUUGCGGUGCCGGCCCAUAUCCAGUUGGAGUUGACAGUGGUGUAUAACUGCUGUCUGUUCUCCUUCAGUCAGACACAACUCACUGAGGCAGAGCAUCUCCUCACACACAGCCUGGAGAGAGCUCUAGGUGCUGUAGGUUGUGAUCGUCCACCUCCCAACCCCCCAGUGUUCUGGUGUAUGGUUCUAAAGUCCCUGGGUUCCACACCUUCCCUGCGCUCCUGUACUCUGCAGCUGCUCUGUCUGCACUGGGCUCUCUGGCUGUCUACCUGGAGACUGGGGCACAUACAGGAGCUGCAGGAAGAGCUGCGAUCUCUCUCUGAGGGACUGGGGGCAGGAGAGGUGACUGUGGAGAGGAGUGCAGUCAGGCCAGCGGUGCUAGUGCACCCCAGGGAUCUAAAAGACCUCCUUCUCAUCUGCACUGUCAUCGCUCAAGGUGCUGAGCUGCUGUGUGAGGGGCGGUGUUCAGAGGCCCUGACUGUUCUUCAGAGAGACUCCUCCCCAUUGGCCCCCAGAGAACUGCUGGCCCAGAUACACACACUCACAGGCCUCUGCCUCAGCCGCACGGGUCGUCCACACAGUGCUAUGCAGUGUUAUAGGAAGGCGUUGGAGACGGACGUGAGGUGUGUGUGUGCGCUGCACCAGAGCAUCCUGGUCUACAGGCAGCUGGGAAACACACAAGCAGAGAUCCAGGCUCUACGUCUGCUACACUCAGUUCUGAUGAUGCCACCUGCCACCCAGCCUGCUGUGGCCCCACCUAUCAUCUGUCCCGCCUCUCUGCUCCCUGGCCAAUCCCUAUCCAGCCUGCUUUCUGUCCCCUCCCCCCUCAGCGUACUACACAGUCUGGCUCAGAAGUGUGUGCUCCACGGAAGUGUGUCAGAAGGUGUAGAGCACUACUUGGACCUCCUAGCUGCUCUUCAGUCAGACCACCAGCUGUCUCAGGGGUUCUCUGAGGCCCCUUCCCUCCCCAGGUUACCUGAGCUCUACCUGGAGGCUGGCUCCUCCCUGUUGACGGCCCAGCGGCCUGCAGACUGCCUGGCACUUUGUGAUGAAGUCAUCAGUACGACUCUGGAGCUGCUCCCAGAGAGGCUGUUGCUGGAGGAGCCCAUGGAGGCGUCUGUGCCUGGGUCUCCAGACAAGCUGGGGUUAGGCCAGGACCGGCUGGGUGUGGUGCUGUGGUCUGGGGCUGCCUACCUUCUCCAGGCCCACUGCUACUCCCACCUCAAGGACUGGAAGCAGGCUGUCACCCACUACACCAGGUGCAUCAACCUGCUGAUGAAGGUGUGUGUUAAACAGAAAGGCUGUGUGAAGCUGGAGCUAGGUGUUAGGACCCUGCAGAGGCUGAAAGGGCUGGCUCUGGCAGGGAGAGGAAUCAGCUUCACACACAGAGACCAGAAGAGGGAAUCCCUGAGAGACCUACAGCUCAGCCUGCAGGCUGCACCAGGGUGUGCGAGCGCUGGGCUGUGGCUGACUGAGGUGCUGUGGAGGCUGGGAAGGAGACAGGAGGCUGCAGCCUUUUGGGAGAAGACUCAGAGCUCCAGCACAGCUUCAUCAUUAGAAGGUGUUCCCCUGUACCUGCUGGACCCCCAGACUGGCCCCUCCCUGGACCUCACUGACCUCCGACGCAGAGUGGAGGAGUUCAUCAACACUCGGCACAGCUAGGGGGUGUCUCCAGAAACACUGGCGUGUCCACAUAGGCUCUGGGAUGUCCUCAUAAGGCUUAGUAAGCCCUGUACCUGGGACAAGCUGGUUUUACCCACCCAACAUAGUGUGAGGUUCAUAUCCUGGCUGAAAUGGAGUUCCAAUUAAGUGGAGUUUGAACACUAUUAACCUCUGAAGCCCAGUCAAGAUUUUGGAGGAUGGCCACUCGAGACUAGAACUCUGUAGACCAACUGUGAGCCGUAGCCAUACUGCUUGGUGAGGCAGUUGCCUGUCCUGUUCAUCAUACAGAAGGAACAGGACAGGCAACUCUUUGGGAAUGCCACAGUGCUCUGUCUGAGUGACUUAUGUAAUAAUGUGUCAGUAGUACAUUAUUGUGAUAUGACAAAUAUGAUACGGUGUAACCUUAUUUCUGUAAAUAUGUAAUAUUUUUGUUUGAAAUUAUUUUUUAUUUACUCAGCACCAUAAAGAGUGUGGUUUAUCUC